AUGGUGUUCUCAACGCACGAUACAGCAGCAGCAAGACUCAGAGCUUUGGACGCAAUGACUCGAGGCUCUAAUUCCAGUUUCGAAGUCGACUCAGACACAGAGAAAGAUAAAUCCUUAAUCGAUCCUCCUCUCGAUGAUGAUGUCGAAGAGUCAAAGAGAUUUUUGGUGGCACGCUCUUCAUCAUGGCCUUUACCUCUGGAAAGGGUGACAAGAGGAAUGGGGAAUUUGACGAUGAGUGGCGUCAACUCCACAGUCCAUUAUGUUGAGGGAAAAGCGAAAGAUGUCAAGAGUAGUGUGGAUAAUCGGUGGAAUAGGUUUAAGAUGAAAAGGAGGAUUGAUGAAUAUAAGAGUACUACGAUGAAGGGUGCUCGUGAGGAGCAGUGCGGUGUGAUGCUUGACCUCCAGGCAGAUGAGAGUAAAACCACAACGGUCGAGAGUAGAGGAACAUUCGAUGAAGAUUGGAGCGACAUAACAGCUUCGCAAAUUGGGUUAUCAAAGAUACCCGUGUCGGACUUGUUACACCUGCCGAAUGAAGCAUUUGAGCUUCAAUUUUUUGUUCAGUAUUACGGUCACUAG